AUGGCUGAAAGUAUCAUACGCCGCAUACUUCCUACAUUGAAGGCCCUCAAAGCUACACGUUGUUGUUUGUCAAGCGAGUCAGUGUUUUUGAUAGAACAAUGCCUCGGCUGCCUCGCUAAGUAUGGCUUUUCGGAAGUCGACCGCAGAUUUGUGCCUUACCCUGUUGUUGAUGAGCCUCGAAGGUCGGUUGGGAAUGUGAGGAUGCUCAAGGAUGGACUAUAA